AUGGCGCCCGAUAGGGGGAUUGAAGAGGCGAUCUCGUCACUCGAUCUUGGAACCUUUCAUGACAAAAAUGUCACCGAGGGAAAAUCUGCCGCGGAGACAAUCCCACCUCACCUGUCGCAUGACCCUGCGACGAAUGCGAAACAAUCACAACCUUUCCAGUUCGGACAGCGAUUUUUGUCCGAGGACGAUGAUGUCUUUGCCUACAAUGCAUGGGAUCAUGUGGAGCCUGACACGGCCCAUUACGAGUACUGCGAGACCCAAUAUGCUGCGCAACGCGCUUCUCCUGUCUCGGACUUUGACAGGGCACGCUUCAACGAACGCCCUGAGAAAUGGUGGGACCUGUUCUACAAGCAAAAGACAAGCACAUUCUUCAAGGACCGAAAGUGGCUUGUUCAAGAAUUUCCUGUCCUGGGCGAGGUUACGAAGCCAGAUGCUGGUAAGAAAGUAGUUCUCGAAAUCGGCGCGGGAGCGGGAAACACGGCGUUUCCAAUCCUGAGACUGAAUGAAAACCCGGACUUGAAGCUAUUUGCGGUGGACUUCAGCAAAAAGGCGGUCGAAACAAUGAGGAGCGCAAACGAAUACGCAGAGUCAAACGGUGUCAUGGUGGCUGAGGUCUGGGAUGUAGCCGAUGAAACCCUGCCGCCAGGUGUAGACGAAGGGAGCGUGGACGUGGUGAUCAUGAUCUUCAUCUUCUCGGCCUUGAAUCCGAGGCAGUGGCAACAGGCUCUGGUCAACAUUCAGCGAGUGCUCAAGCCAGGAGGGGAAGUAUUGUUCAGAGACUAUGGCCGCGGAGAUCUCGCACAAGUACGCUUCAAGGCUGGUAGAUGGAUGGAGGAUAAUUUCUAUGUUCGUGGAGACGGCACCAGAGUAUAUUUCUUCGAAAAGGAGGAACUGGAAACGAUCUGGGGUGGAGCCUUCGACAUAUGCAAUCUGGAUGUGGAUCGUCGACUAAUCGUCAACCGUCAACGGCGCAUCAAAAUGUACCGAUGCUGGAUUCAAGGACGGUUUCGAAAGAAGGAGUGUACUUGA